GAAAAGCAGGAAGUGUCCACGUCAGAGAACAGCAGGCUGAUGGAGAACAGUUAUCUAAAGUUUCGUAAAGAAGCGGCGCUUGUUUUUUGACUGUUUCCAAUGUAGUCUUCAGUUUGAGCUCGGUGACUGUCUCCAGACCCGGACGAGACUCCCGGCAGGUGGAGGUGGCAGCUUGUCCAUCAGCUCGGCUCCGGAUCUGAAGUUCACUUUAGGUAACGCAGUGUGCGCGGUGAGUUUUAGCUUCCUCGUCCGCCUCUGUCACUUUGAGCUUCAUCAUGGGUCAAACCAGGGGCCCUGAAUCCGAGCCGUCUAUCUACGGCUACACCAGGACGACGUGCGCACUCCUCACCCACUUUGUCUGCAUCGUUUUCACGGUUUUAGUUGCUGCUCUGUCACGACCGGGGACAAGUUGGUUUUCUUGGCACCCCUUCCUCAUGACUCUGGCUUUCUCCCUCUUUAUGACAGAAGCCAUACUCUUCUUCUCUCCCCACGGCUCCCCCAUCAAAAAGCUUCCACACAAGACCAAAGGCCGAGUCCACUGGAUCCUGCAGUGCCUCUGUGUCUGCUGUGCCGCCCUGGGCCUGGCAGCUAUCGUCUACAACAAGCACCUGAAUGGCAAACCCCACUUCACUUCAUGGCACGGUCUGCUGGGCCUGGUGACAGUGUGUGUGGUCGGGGUGCAGUCCUUGGCAGCCGUGCCCCUCAUCUAUCAUUCCCUGGCCAAAGGCUGGUCUCUGGCCAAGCUGAAGCGCUACCAUGCGGCGUCAGGACUCGUCACAUACCUGCUGGGCUGCGCCAGCCUCGUCCUGGGCCUCUGCUCCACCUGGUUCACUGCCUCUGUCAAGGGGCACGUCUGGUACCUGUCAGCGCUCUGCCCGGCGCUUUGUGCCCUUGUUAUCAUGAGCCAAGUGACCAAUGCCUACAUGGCUAAAAAACGCCUGCAGUCCUGACAGAGGCCACAGUAUCAACAUGACACUUUAACAAAGAACAAAUAACAUUUCCUUUUCUUUAAUAAUUUAGUUAAAAAGCCAGCUUUGUUGUACAGUUGGCAUCACAGAAUUUAUCCCCCCCAAGUCAAAUAUAGUCCAUUUGCUUCCAUUAAUGCCUUUUGUCUCCCAAAGAAUCAAUGGUGCCAAAUGUGGAAUAUAGAAUAUGUAUUUCUUUUCAUUCAUUUGUCUUUUGUACGUUUCUACACAUGGAAUUAAUGAAUCUCAGGUUACUAUUUUCUUACUGAUGCUGCUGUUUGAUUAUUAGUGAUUUUCCUGCGUUUGAAUGGCCCGAUGAAUCACAUUCAAAUCUGUUGUAUAGUAAAAGCAUUACCAAACUAUU